AUGGCGUUGCAAGCAUCGACAAACUAUGAAAACCGUUUCGAUGACACGUUAGUCAACGAGAUGGUGUUUGAAAAAUAUCUCGUCCGUAGCAAACUUGGACAGGGUACUUUCGGUGAAGUGUAUAAAGCAGUUGACAUCGUUUCGAAGCAGCAAGUUGCGUUAAAGGUGCAGAAUUCGCAGAUCUCAUUGCUGCGCCUAGAGUACAAGCUGUAUCAACAGCUCCACACCGCCAAGAAUACGGAGGGCAUCCCGAAAAUUUACCAGAUGGGUCAAGUCCGCGAUAAACCGGCCAUACUGAUGGAGCGGCUCGGACCUUCCUUGCAGCAGCUCUUCCAGAUGAGUAAUAAACGCUUACAACUUACUACCGUCAUCCCGUUGGCGCUGCAGAUGAUCAACCGGCUCAAACAGUUCCACCAAACCACGGGUUUCGUCCAUCGGGACAUCAAACCGGACAACUUUGUGCUUGGAUACCGGCAGAAGAUAAAUAUUGUGCACCUCAUCGACUAUGGGCUAGCGGCUCGCUUCUGGGACAGUGACUCCGUGCGGCACGUCCCGCACAAUGGAAAACACAAGCCGCUGGUCGGCACGAUACGAUACGCUUCGCUUAAUACGCACCGCGGGCAUACCCAGAGCCGGCGGGACGAUAUGGAGUCGCUCGGUUACACCUUGAUAUACCUCUUGCGCGGCUCGCUUCCCUGGCAGGGCGUUAGAGCGUCGUCUCGCCCUCAGAAGUAUGAGAUGAUUCACGAGGUGAAGCAAAGUACGCCGAUUGAAAAGAUAUGCGACGGAUUGCCCGAGACGUUUGUGCACUAUUUAACAUACUGUCGAAGGAUGCGCUAUAGUAUUGAGCCGGAGUAUCAUAUCUUGCGUGCCAUGUUCUACCUGCUGUGCUGUGAGCAGAACAUAUCGCGAGUCUUUCAAUUUCACAAACUACCGGAGUUGCAAUCAACAAAGCGCACUAAGGCCGCCCACCUGCUUGACCACACCUGUCAGCAGAAUCGCCAUAGGAAACGGUCAGCUGGGGAUGGCGUUUAUGUCUCGAGCGGAAAGACUUACAAACACAAGUAG